CGGGGCGGGGACGCGGCCGCCCCCGCAGCCCGGUAACGCCGAGCGGUGCCUCCGGUGGUUGCGCCAGAGCCGCUCCCGGGCCCGCGUCCCGCUAAUUAAUCAUUGACAGCGGCGCCGCCGGCGGGGCCAAGGUCCGGCCGCAGCCGCUCAAUCGCCGCCGUCCCGGUGCCGGUGCCCGAGGAUGUGGCUGUACCUGGCGGCGGUGCUGGCGGGGCUGUACCUGCUGCGGCGCUGGCACCGGGAGCGACAGACGGUGCCGGGGCUCCCGGAGAAGUACGUGCUGAUCACGGGCUGCGACAGCGGCUUCGGCAACCUGCUGGCGCGGCAGCUGGAGGCCCGGGGGCUGCGGGUGCUGGCCGCCUGCCUGACCGAGGCCGGGGCCGCGCGCCUGCGGGCGGCCGCCUCGCCGCGGCUGCAGACCGUCCUGCUGGACGUCACCUCCAGCCAGAGCGUCGCCGCCGCCGCCGCCUGGGUCCGGGAGCGAGUGGGCGACCGAGGUCUCUGGGGGCUGGUGAACAACGCGGGGAUCGCCAUUCCCACCGCCCCCAACGAGUGGCUGACCAAGGAUGACUUUGUCAAAGUGCUGGACGUCAACCUGGUGGGGCUCAUCGAGGUGACGCUGAGCCUCCUGCCCCUCAUACGGCGGGCGCGGGGCCGGGUGGUCAACGUGGCCAGCGUGAUGGGCCGCGUCUCCUUUUUCGGCGGGGGGUACUGCAUCUCCAAGUUUGGCGUGGAGGCCUUCUCCGACAGCCUCCGGCUUGAGAUGCGCGACUUCGGGGUGAAGGUCAGCGUGAUCGAGCCCGGCUACUUCAAGACGCUGAUCACCAGCGCGGAGAACGUGGAGAAAAAUUUUCUUUCCAUCUGGGAGAAGCUCCCGGCGGAAACCAAAGCGAGUUACGGGCAGAAUUACUUGAAUGAGUUUUUGGUAUCGCUCAGGAAGAUGCAGAAGCGAUGCAACCCCGACCUGAGGCUGGUCACGGACUGCAUGGAGCACGCGCUGACCAGCCGCCACCCCCGCACCCGCUACUCGGCGGGCUGGGACGCCAAACUGCUCUACAUCCCCCUCAGCUACCUGCCCUCGGCCCUCACCGACCUGGUGUACUCCUGGUCCUACCCCAAACCUGCCCAGAAAGCCUGAGACGGGGCCGCGGCGCGGGCAGGGGGACGUGGCGCGGGCAGCCGAUGGCGGCAGCAGGUAGGGCCCGGCACCGCAAGGUGGGAUCCGACGUCGCCGCAGCUGAGACCGGGCCAAGAGAUCCCUGAAUUUCUAACUCAAGGCGGGUCUCCGCGCCCGCCGCCCUCUGCUCGCGGACCGCUUUGAUUCUCAAUAAAGACAAAUCCUGCUC